AUUAGAGGGGGAAAGGAAGGGGUUUUUAGAAAUGGCGGACGUGUGUAGUGGUCAAAGUGUAAUGGAAUCGCAAAUAGAAAUGCAAAACAAUGCAGUCGAUCGAUUAAAAAAACUUUAUCCAGCAGUAAAUGAAGAUAAAACUCCUCUUCCUAGGGCAUGGAGUACCAAGGAUAAAUAUACCUAUAUAGGACUGUCCCAAAACAAUUUGCGUGUGCACUAUAAAGGUCAUGGAAAAACCCAUAAAGAUGCUGCUAGUGUACAAGCUACUCAUCCCAUCCCAGCUUCAUGUGGUUUGUACUAUUUUGAAGUGAAGAUUGUCAGUAAAGGCAGAGAUGGUUACAUGGGUAUUGGAUUAUCUGCUCAGGGGGUCAAUAUGAAUCGUUUACCAGGUUGGGACAAACAAUCAUAUGGAUAUCAUGGAGAUGAUGGUCACUCCUUUUGUUCAUCGGGAACGGGACAACCUUAUGGUCCCACUUUUACCACUGGAGAUGUUAUUGGCUGUGGAGUAAACUUGAUAGAUAAUACUUGUUUUUACACAAAAAACGGACAUCACCUUGGUACUGCCUUUAGAGAUCUUCCGCCUAAUCUAUAUCCGACCGUUGGCUUACAAACCCCCGGUGAAGUGGUCGACGCAAAUUUUGGUCAGGAACCUUUUGUUUUUGAUAUCGAAGACAUGAUGAGAGAACUCAGAUCUCGAACUAGAACCGAAAUAAAUGAUUUUAUUGUGCCAGAAAGCCAAGGAGAAUGGCAGGCCAUAUUAAAUAAGAUGGUAUCUACAUAUUUAAUACACCACGGUUACUGCAAUACAGCAGAGGCAUUCGCCCACAUAACUGAACAGCCAUUUAAUGAAGAUAUAGGAUCGAUUAAAAACAGGCAAAAAAUAUUGAAGUUGGUGCUGGCAGGCCGAAUGGGCGAGGCAAUUGAAAAAACGACUAGACUGUAUCCAGGUCUUCUAGAAAAUAACCAAAAUUUAUUAUUUAUGCUCAAAUGUCGUCAGUUUGUCGAAAUGGUGAAUGGUUCGGACAUAGAAAUAUGUCACAAGAAAAGUAAUGUAGGUGGAUUUUCACCUGUACAAAUGUCCGUCAUUCAGUCUACAAAAUGUUUAAAAAAUAAAAGUGGAUCACAAGAUUCCGUGGAAGAAAUGAAUAGAAAUAACACUGCCAGGAACGGUAACAACUGUACCAAUGAAUCACAAUUAAUCAAUACAGAAGAUUGUGAAAUGGAAGAAAUGGAUGCUUCUGACGAAAUUCAGAACGGACAUGGAGAUACUUGUAUCAAUGGCAAAUCUAGUAAUAAUGGAUAUCAAAAUGGUAGUAGUAGUAAUAGUAAUAUUGAUGACACCGGAGAAACAACACUCGUUACAUGCUGUGAUAAUGAAGAAGAAGAUAUGGAUGUAGAUGUACCGUGCCGUAAAAAUAAUACAAAACAGUCUGUAGAAAGGAUAUUAGAAUUUGGCAGAGAAUUAUACAGUAUGAGCCAAAGGUUAAAAGCCGAUAAAAAUAGUAAAAUCAACGAAAAAAUGCUAGAAGACGCGUUUAGUUUAUUAGCAUAUUCAAAUCCAUGGGCCAGCCCUGUUGGUUGGCAGUUAGAACCUACACAGAGGGAAUCCGUAUGUGCAUCUUUAAAUUCUGCAAUUUUAGAAUCAAAUAAUAAACCAAGGAAACCUCCGCUAGAGAUCGCGAUGGCGCAUGCCCAGGAGUUGGUACGUUUGAUGUCGUCAUCGGGGCUCGGUUCAUGUGCCUUCGCAUCUCUCGUCGACAUACUCGAUCAGUGAUGGCAGUUUUUUUACCUUAACCACUCCGAGCAAACGCAGGUGACGUACUUUAUCCCGCAACAAAUAAGAAUAAGGGGCGAAUACAAGUUCGCGGUAAUUCGCUUGCCGCAAGAAGAAUAGGUACUUACUCCUCAAUUUUUUUUGUGAAGUUUUAAUGUCGUGUAUUUAAACGAAGUGUAUUUAUGGAAGAGGCAGUGGACCCAUCGAAAAAAAAAUUAGUGGGUUAUUCAGAACAUCCUCAAAUCUACGAUAUUUUUUAUAUAUUACUAUGACUAUUUCUACUAUAGAUUUUGGUAUACUUAAAUUAAAAAGAUACACACUUAUAAAA